UGGAGCGCGGCGCUGGCCGCCGCCCCCGGGCCCAGGUUUCUGGUGACAGCCCCUGGGAUCAUCAGGCCUGGGGGAAAUGUGACCAUUGGGGUGGAGCUUCUGGAACACAGCCCCUCCCAGGUCACUGUGAAGGCGGAGCUGGUCAAGAUAGCAGCGAACCUUGCCGUCUCUGUCCUGGAAGCAGAAGGAGUCUUUGAAAAAGGCUCUUUCAGGACACUUACUCUUCCACCCCUACCUCUGAACAGUGGUGAUGAGAUUUAUGAGCUCCGUGUCACUGGACGUGCCCAGGAUGAGAUUUUAUUCUCGAAUAGUACGCGAUUAUCAUUUGAGACCAAGAGAAUGACUGUCUUCAUUCAAACAGACAAGCCCCUGUAUAAACCAAAGCAAGAAGUGAAGUUUCGUGUUGUUACACUCUUCUCAGAUUUUAAGCCUUACAAAACCUCUUUAAACAUUCUAAUUAAGGAUCCCAAGUCAAAUUUGAUCCGACAGUGGUUGUCAGAACAAAGUGAUCUUGGAGUCGUUUCCAAAACUUUCCAGUUAUCUUCCCAUCCAAUACUUGGUGACUGGUCCAUCCAAGUUCGAGUGAAUGACCAGACAUAUUAUCAGUCAUUUCAGGUUUCAGAAUAUGUAUUACCAAAAUUUGAAGUCACUUUACAGACACCAUUAUACUGUUCUUUAAAUUCUGUGAGUUUAAAUGGUACCGUCACAGCAAAGUAUACAUAUGGGAAGCCAGUGAAAGGAGACCUAACACUUACAUUUUUACCUUUAUCCUUUUGGGGUGUGAAGAAAAAUAUUACAAAAACAUUUAAGAUAAAUGGAUCUGCAAACUUCUCUUUUAACGAUGAAGAGAUGAAAAAGGUAAUGGAUUUUUCGGAUGGCCUUUCUGAACACAUGAAUCUGUCUUCUCCUGGGCCGGUAGAAAUUUUAGCCACAGUGACAGAAUCACUUACAGGUAUCUCAAGAAAUGCAAGCGCCAAUGUAUUUUUCAAGCAACACGAUUACAUCAUUGAAUUUUUUGAUUAUGCGACUGUCUUAAAGCCAUCUCUCAACUUCACAGCCACUGUGAAGGUAACCCGUUCUGAUGGCAAUCAACUGACUCCUGAAGAAAGAAGAAAUAACAUAGUCAUAAUGGUGACGCAGAGAAACUAUACCGAGUACUGGAACAGAUGGGAUGGUAGAAAUCAGGAAAUAGCGGCUGUCCAGAUCGUAAAUCAUACUGUCCCCCCAAAUGGAAUCUUCAAGAUUGAAUUCCCAAUCCUGGACGAUUCCAGCGAGCUACAGUUGAAGGCCUCUUUUCUUGAUACUGUGAGUAGCAUGGCUGUUCAUGAUAUGUUUAAGUCUCCUAGUAAAACGUACAUCCAGCUAAAAACAAGAGAUGAAAAUAUAAAGGUGGGAUCACCUUUUGAGUUGGUGCUUAGUGGCAACAAGCAGUUGAAGGAGUUUAGCUAUAUGGUGGUGUCCAGGGGACAGUUAGUGGCUGUAGGCAAGCAAAAUUCAACAACUUUUUCCUUAACACCAGAAAAUUCUUGGGCUCCAAAAGCCUGUAUUAUUGUGUAUUAUAUUGAAGAUGAUGGGGAAAUUAUAAAUGAUGUUCUGAAAGUUCCUGUUCAGCUCGUUUUUAAAAAUAAGAUACAGCUAUUUUGGAGUAAAGCCAACGCUGGACCAUCUGAGAGAGUCUCUCUUAUGAUCUCUGUGACGCAGCCAGACUCAAUAGUUGGGAUUGUAGCUGUCGACAAAAGUGUGAAUCUGAUGAAUGUCUCAAAUGAUAUUACAAUGGAAAAUGUGGUCCAUGAACUGGAACUUUAUAACACAGGAUAUUCUUUAGGCAUGUUCAUGAAUUCUUUUGCAGUCUUUCAGGAGUGUGGCCUCUGGGUGUUGACAGAUGCAAACCUUGUGAAGAAUUUCAUUGAUGUUUAUGACCGUAUAGUGUUUUUGGAGGAAAAUGAAGGAUACUUGGUAGAUUUUCAUGACUUUUCUUUGGGUAGCAGUCCACGUGUCAGAAAGCAUUUUCCAGAGACUUGGAUUUGGCUAGACACCAGCAUGGGUUCCAGGACUUACCAAGAAUUUGAAGUUACUGUACCUGAUUCUAUCACUUCUUGGGUUGCAACUGCUUUUGUGAUCUCUGAGGAUUUAGGUCUUGGACUAACAACUGCUCCAGUGGAGCUCCAAGCCUUCCAACCGUUUUUCAUUUUUUUGAAUCUUCCCUACUCUGUUAUCAGAGGUGAAGAAUUUGCUUUGGAAGUAACCAUAUUCAAUUAUUUAAAAGAUGCCACUGAGGUUAAGGUAAUCAUUGAGAAAAGUGACGCGUUUGAUAUUCUAAUGGCUUCGAAUGAAAUAAAUGCCACAGGACACCAGCAGACAGUUCUGGUUCCCAGUGAGGAUGGGGCAACUGUUCUUUUCCCGGUCCGGCCAACACAUCUGGGGGAAAUGCCCAUCACAGUCACAGCUGUUUCACCUGCUGCUUCCGAUGCUGUCACCCAGAGGAUUUUAGUGAAGGCUGAAGGAAUAGAAAAAUCAUAUUCACAAUCCAUCUUGUUAGACUUGACCGACAGCAAGCUACAAACUACCCUGAAGGCUUUGAGUUUCUCCUUUCCUCCUCACAGAGUGAGUGGUAGUGAGAGAGUUCAGAUCACUGCAGUUGGAGAUAUUCUUGGUUCUUCCAUCAGUGGCUUAGCCUCACUGAUCCGAAUGCCUUAUGGCUGUGGCGAACAGAACAUGAUAAAUUUUGCUCCAAAUAUUUACGUUUUGGAUUACCUGACUAAAAAGAAACAACUGACUGAGAAUUUAAAAGAAAAAGCCCUUUCAUUUAUGAGGCAAGGUUACCAGAGAGAACUUCUCUAUCAGAGGGAAGAUGGCUCUUUCAGUGCUUUUGGGAAUGAUGACCCUUCUGGGAGCACUUGGUUGUCAGCUUUUGUUUUAAGAUGUUUCCUCGAAGCUGAUCCUUACAUAGAUAUUGACCAGAAUGUGUUACACAGAGCAUAUACUUGGCUCAAAGGACAUCAAAAAUCCAAUGGUGAAUUUUGGGAGCCAGGAAGAGUGAUCCACAGCGAGCUUCAAGGUGGCAAUAAAAGUCCAGUAACCCUUACGGCUUAUAUUGUGACUUCUCUCCUGGGAUAUAAAAAGUAUCAGCCUAAUAGUGAUGUGCAGGAGUCUAUCAACUUUUUGGAGUCUGAAUUCGAUAGAGGAAUUUCAGACAAUUACACCCUGGCUCUUGUAACUUAUGCGCUGUCAUCUGUGAGAAGCCCUAAAGCCAAGGACGCUUUGAAUAUGCUGACUUGGAGAGCAGAACAAGAAGGAGGCAUGCAAUUCUGGGUGUCGCCAGUGUCCAGACUUUCUGAAUCCUGGCAACCAAGCUCCCUGGAUAUUGAAGUUGCGGCCUAUGCACUGCUCUCACACUUCUUGCAGCAUCAGAUUUCUGAGGGAAUCCCGAUUAUGAGGUGGCUAAGCAGCCAGAGAAAUAGCUUGGGAGGUUUUGCAUCUACCCAGGACACCAUUGUGGCCUUGAAGGCCCUGUCUGAGUUUGCAGCCCUAACGAACACAGAAGAGACAAAUAUCCAAGUGACCAUGGUGGGGUCCGGUUCACUGAGUCCUGUGAAGUUUGUGAUUAGCACACAGAACCGCUUUCUCCUCCAGACAGCUGAGCUUGCUGUGGUACAGCCAACUGCAGUUAAUAUUUCUGCAAGCGGUUUUGGAUUUGCUAUUUGUCAGCUUAAUGUUAUUUAUAAUGUGAAAGAUUCCAGAUCUUCCAUAAUCCAAAGAUCUAUCCAAGAUCAAGAAGCCUUUGAUUUAGACAUUGCUGUAAAAGAUGAUAAAGAUGAUAUCAAUCACUUGAAUUUGAAUGUGUGCACAAGGUUUCUGGGCCCAGGUAGAAGCGGCAUGGCCCUUAUGGAAAUUAACCUCCUCAGUGGUUUUACCGUGUCCUCAGAUGCCAUUUCCCUGAGUGAGACCGUGAAGAAAGUAGAACACGACCACGGGAAACUCAACCUGUACUUAGACUCUGUAAAUGAAACCCAGUUCUGUGUUGAUAUUCCUUCUGUGAGAAACUUUAGAGUGUCAAAUACACAAGAUGCUUCAGUGUCCAUAAUGGAUUACUAUGAACCAAGGCGGCAAGCGGUGAGAAGCUACAACUCCAGAGCACAGCUGUCCUCCUGUGACCUCUGUGGGGACGCACACGCCUGCGGCCCCUGUGACAGCGCGGCCUCAGCCUCCCUUUCUCACCCUAACGCCUGCCUCCUUGUCUGCUUCACGCUUCUGUUCUCUUUGCAGUGUUGGCUAUGA